ACGCUAACGUUAACUUUCCACUUUGUAAAGACUUUCGCAAGAGUUUGCAAGAUGGCUGCCCGUGUGAUUCCAAUUGAGAUUGUGUCCGACACUGUUUGUCCCUGGUGCUUUGUCGGCAAAAGGCGACUCGAAAAGGCGAUUGCAGCUGCCAAAAAUAGGAAUCUACCUCUGGAGUUCAAGAUCAAGUUCAAACCUUUCCAGCUUGAUCCUACACUCCCCAAAGAAGGAGUCUCCAAGAUCAAGAAAUACGAAGCAAAAUUUGGCCCGGAACGGAUCCAGCAAAUGAUCCCUCAUAUGCAGGUGGUUGGCGCUGCGGAAGGCAUAAAGUUUUCGUAUGAUGGAUUGAUCGCAAACACAGUUGAUUCGCAUCGUGUUCUCGAAUACGCUCUUCAGAAAGGGGCUCAACUCGAGCUUGUCGAGGAGCUUUUCAAGGACUACUUUGAGCGAAACAAGAACAUUGGUGACCAUGAAGUACUUGCGGAUGCUGCAGCAAGAGUCGGUUUGGAUAAGGAGGAGGUCCUCGCCUACCUUAAAACGGACCAGGGCAAGCACGAGGUUGAAGAACAAAUUGAGUCCGCCUACCGUCGGCGAAUUACCGGUGUACCUCAUUUCCGUAUCAAUGGAACAUACUCACUAGGUGGCGCGCAAGAUCCUGAAGCGUUCCUAGAGAUUUUUGAAGCACUUGCGAAGCAAUAGUUGGACCAGAACUUUUGAAUUGACCAUGUAAUGAUUUCUAGACCAGAUAUCUAAAUAGCAGUUUUGUACGUUUUACAUGAUCUCACCUCAUGUGUUUAGUGUCUCGCACGUAGAUGCUAGCGUGCUGGAUGCAUUGUAGCUUGCAC